GCUGGUCACUCAUCCAUGGCUCUUCGAAAUCGACAAAAUUUAACCAUGCUCCGUUUCUGGGCGUUCCUCGGUCUGGUGGGCCUUGCCCACUGUGCCACCCAGGGCAUGUCAAUCAGGUCCCACUGGGACGGUGGAUUCGCCGGCACCAUCACCCUGGCCCCAACCCACACAGUGCACGGCUGGACGGCUCACCUCGCCUGUGACGCCCCUGUCGACUCCCUGGAGAUUUGGACGGCAGACAUUGUAUCCUCAAAUGGAGACAAAUCUGAAUACGUAAUCAGAAAUAAACCAUACGAUGGCGACAUUCACAACGGGGAUUCCCUGAACGUGGACAUUGUGGGGCGCACCCCAGGAAGGUCCACCGUUCCCAACUGUCGGGUCUUUAUCGAAGGACAGGAUCACGGAAACCCAGCAACCAGUGCCCCACAAACACAGGCCCCCUCUGGCGGUGGUGGAUCACAGACUCAGGCGCCAUCUGGCGGCUCCACUUCCUCGGAGACAGUUACCCCGGGAGCUUCCUGCGGAAGCGCCAAGAGCACAAAAUACAAUUAUGGCGAUGCUUUGGGUCUGUCAAUUCUGUUCUUCGACGCCCAGAGAUCUGGAAAGAUGCCAGCCAGCAAUCCUAUUCCAUGGAGACAUGAUUCCGCCAUGAAUGACCACGGAGAUGGAGGCGUUGACCUCACAGGAGGGUGGUAUGAUGCUGGAGAUCACGUCAAGUUUAACCUGCCUAUGGCUUUCUCGGCUCACGUGCUCGCCUAUGGUCUGAACCGAUGGAAGGAUGGCUACUCCAGCUCCAAUCAGCUACAGAACAUGUACGAGAUGCUGCGUACUCCAUUAGACUACUUCAUGAAGUGUUGGAGACCCCAGUCCCAGGAAUACUACGCUCAGGUCGGGAACGGCGCCGCUGACCAUGCCUUCUGGGGCCGCCCUGAGGACAUGCACAUGCAGAGACCCGCCUACAAGUGCACCGCCUCCAAUGGCGGAUGUAGUGACGUAGAGGGAAUCACGGUGGCUGCAUUGGCGGCAGGAUCCAUGGCUUUCAAGGCCUCUGAUGCCGCGUACUCGCAGAGACUGCUAGCUUCUGCUAAGAGUUUGUAUGAUUUCGCUAAUGCACACAAAGGAAUCUACAACAAAGGACCAAUCUCGGACGCUACCUCGUACUACGGAUCUACCGGCUACAAGGAUGAGCUGUGCGUGGCCGCCAUGGAGCUGUACAAGGCGACCAAGGACGCCAAGUACCUUAACGACGCCAAGGCCAACUUUGAAGGAAACGAUGUCGCUUGGGCGCUCUCAUGGGACGACAACCACGUGAUGUGUGAACUCCUGCUGUAUGAAGAGACAAAGGACAACAGAUACAAGGGUCUUGUGGAGUCCUUUGUCCGGUCCUACAUGCCCGGGGGCUCAGUCCACCAGACACCGUGCGGGCUGGCCUGGAGAGACCAGUGGGGCUCUCUCAGAUACGCAGCUAACGCCGCCUUCGUUGCUCUGGCCGCGGCCGAGGACGGCAUUGGUGGGGACCAGUUUAAGAGUUGGGCUCUGAGUCAGAUCAACUAUAUCCUGGGGGAUAACAGGAACCAUUUGAGCUACGAGAUCGGGUUCGGAAGUAACUACCCCAGACAGCCCCACCACAGAGGAAGUUCCUGCCCCAACCCGCCCGCUGGAUGUGGAUGGAAUGAAUUCAACAACCCUGGCCCCAGUCCCCAGCUGCUCAAGGGAGCGUUAGUUGGAGGUCCAGGCCAGAAUGACGAGUACGCAGACUCCAGAAAAGACUACACCAAGAAUGAGGUCACCUGUGAUUAUAACGCCGGCUUCCAGUCCGCUCUGGCUGAGGGGGUGGGAAUGGUGUUUGUGGAGGGGGCGGUAUUUUGGUGGAUUCUCGCUGCGGUCCUAUUCUCUAUUAUACAUGCUUCUCCACAGCCCCUACAUAUCAGGACUCAGUGGAACAACGGAAUAGACGGGUACUUCAUAGUAUCCCCCUCACUGCUAGGGAGGGGCUGGACAGCCACCAUAACAUGUAAUAAGGAGAUCGAUCAGAUCGAGAUCUGGAGUGCUGUGCUGAUAUCGAGUAACAUUGGAUCCGGUAAAUCCACAAUAGUCGUAAAAAAUGACGACAUAUUUUCUGACGGCGAUAGUCAUCCACCUGAAGAAGUUGAAAUUGUUGUCAGGAUGGCGACAGACAAUAACAUCCCACAAUGCACUACUGAAACAAAUCCCAUUUCCGCUCCUGCGACAACCCCCGCUAUGAAUGGACGCACUACGUUAUUAACUACAACGGAACCACCAACCCCAAAGGAUUUUAACUACUCGGAGGCCUUGUCUCUUUCCAUCUUGUUUUAUGACGCUCAGCGAUCCGGCGUCCUUCCGGCAGAUAACCCUAUACCUUGGCGGAGUGAUUCCGCCGUGGAUGAUCACGGUGAUUAUGGUGAGGAUCUAUCCGGCGGGUGGUAUAAUGCUGGAGAUCACGUAAAGUUCAAUCUUCCGAUGGCAUCGUCCGCGCACCUGUUGUCAUGGGGACUAGAAAUAUGGAAAGAUGCUUACCAGUCUGCCGGCCAGCUCGACAUGAUGUAUGAUAUGUUAAAAUGGCCAUUGGACUAUUUCCUGAAAUGCUGGAAUCCUCAAACCCAAGAGUAUUACGCACAGGUUGGAAAGGGUAAAGAGGACCACCGAUAUUGGGGUCGCCCCGAGGAUAUGUCUAAAUUCAGACCGAUGUGGAGACCCGCCUAUAAGUGCACGCGCAACGACCAAUGCAGUGAUGUAGCUGGAGAGACGGCGGCAGCGCUGGCUUCCGGUGCUAUAGUGUUCAAAGACAAGAAUGCUACGUACUCCAAUGAGCUGCUGACAGCCGCCAAGAGUCUAUAUGCCUUUGCCAAAAGGAACCAAGGGACGUACGGGACAACAGCAAUAAUGGAUGCCAAUAACUAUUACCGUUCCAACUCGUACAAGGACGAGCUGUGUACGGCGGCCAUGGAACUCUACAAAGUGACCAAUGACGCCUCGUAUCUACAGGACGCCAUUUCGUUCUACGUCCCCAAUUCCAAGAGUUGGGCUUUCUCCUGGGAUGACAAAAAUGUCCAGUGCGCCUUGAUGCUGUACAGGGCCCAGGGCUCCCGCCAUUACGCCGCGCAGGUCGAUGACUUCAUCAGGAGCUACAUGCCGGGAGGGGAGCUCACCCAAACCCCCUGCGGCCUGGCCUGGAGGCUAGGGGUAGGACCGCUUAGGUACGCAGCUAAUGCGGCACUGGUUGCUUUAAUGGCGGUUGAUGAAGGAUUUGGGGGUGAUGCCUACAAGAUUUGGGCGCUGAAACAAAUCAAUUACAUGUUAGGAGACAACAAACAAAGGAUGAGCUAUCAAAUCGGCUACGGAACAAAAUAUCCCCAGAAACCGUACCACAGAGCGAGUUCAUGCCCCGACCCGCCCACUUCUUGUGGGUGGGACAACAUCAAUAACCCAGGACCAAGUCCCCAGAUCCUAAGGGGGGCACUGGUAGGAGGCCCGGAUGUCAAUGACGUAUACGUGGAUAAUCACGUCGGAUGCGAUUUCAAUGCAGGAUUUCAAUCUGCUCUAGCGGGCUUAAUACAUCUUCAAAAUCAAGGACGCCUGCCUUCCUCCUCGGAUCCAUUGCAAAGCCAACAGAUUAAGAACUGUGUCACGUAGCCCGUGUUUUCUUCAAUAAAAUAUGGCAAACAAUUCUA